AUGCUGUCACAACGAGCCCUAUCCAACAUUCAGCCCAACGACAUCAAAAGUAUCAUGGGCAGAGGUUCAUCGAAUGUCUACGACGUGCAUACCAAUCCAUCGGGAAUAGUGUCUCUGGGGGUGGCAGAGAACAGAUUGAUGCACGACGAAAUAGCCUCGCACAUCAACUCUCACUUGUCUAUCACCAAGCGGUCCCUCACAUAUGGCGACGGCUCUGUUGGCUCAGACCAAUUACGCCAAAGUAUCGCCAGUUUCAUGAAUAACACAGCUUUCCGCCCUAGAAAGCCCCUUGAACUGAAGCAAGUCACAGUCCUCGCAGGCGUAUCUUCGGUAAUCGACUGCCUUGCCUUCUGCCUCUGCGAAUCUGGCGAAGGAAUAUUACUCGGUCGUCCGACGUACGUGGGAUUCAUCAGUGAUAUGGUAAACCGUGCGGGCGUCAAACCGGUUCUCGUCGAUUUUGAGCGUCAGCCAAAGCCCACUCACCCCACGUCACUGGAGGCUGUCAAGUGCUAUGAAGAUGCCUUGGUCCAGUCCAUUCAGAACGGGACACCUGUGAGAGCACUGCUGCUGUGCCAUCCGCAUAACCCCUUUGGAGUAUGCUAUGAGCCCCAUGUGCUUGAAGCGUACCUCAAGCUAUGCGCAAAGUACAAGAUACAGUUGAUCAGUGACGAGGUGUAUGCCAAUUCCAUCUUUGCGAGCACAGACUUUCCCACUCCACCAACGUUCACUUCUAUCCUCACCUUUGACGUUGAGAAAUACAUCGACCCAUCUCUUGUUCAUUGUCUCUAUGGUAUGAGCAAGGAUUUCUGCUCUAAUGGGAUCAGACUUGGUGCCUUUGUAUCUCAGGCAAACCCCGAGUUGCAUGCUGCCAUGCGUGCGGUAUCGAAAUUCGCGUGGCCAUCGUCUUUGGCCGACACAGCAUGGUGUGGCAUUUUGAACGAUGCUGACUUUCUAAGCACUUAUUUCGAUACACUCAUCAAAAGAUUAUCCGCUGCUUAUGAGCAUUGCAUUGCGCUCUUGAAGCAGCACGACAUACCAUAUGUGCCAGCGCACGCUGGGCCGUUUGUUUGGGUCGACUUAUCGAAACACCUCUCCUCUUCUACAGUAGAGGCCGAGCGGGAGUUGGCGUGGAGAAUGAUUGACAACAAGGUUUGGAUAGCUACUGGAGAAGCAUAUCGCUCAGAACGACCGGGGUGGUUCCGGAUCACUUUUGCUGUUGACGAGGCUGAGCUUGAGCUGGGCAUUCAGAGUAAAAUCUUUAAAUUGUAA